AUGUCGUCGCCAACAGGAUCCAACGCAAGCGCCGGCAAUGUCUUGGUUGCGGUCAGUUGGACGUUCUUCGUCGUCUCCCUGGUUGUCGUUGCGCUACGCUUCUACGCCGAUAUCUUCAUCAUACAUCUCGUGAGGAUAGACUCAUACCUUACCUUUCUGACCUUUCUGUUGGUCAUUGUGUCGCAAGUUUUUACGCAAAUUAGCGUUCACUAUGGAAUGGGGACGCACAUCGAUGCCUUGACCCCCAAUGCCGUAGUAUUGGCCCUCAAAUAUUGCUGGGUCGCGCAGCCCUUCCAACUGCUCGCGCUGGCAUUCGGGAAGAUCGCAGCAGUGACAUACUUAGCUACGAUCCACGGACCGCGCAACGCAAAUAUCAAGCUAGCAUUCCUGUGGAUAGUCGGCCUGGUCCAGCUAUUGAGCGGCAUUGUGAUACUCGGGUUCAUCUACUCGCAGUGCUCGCCCAUGACAAAGCUCUGGAACGUAGAAAUUCCUGGUACAUGCAAUGGUCGGGCAAGGAAUGUAUAUAUGGCGUAUCUGGAUGGAAGCCUCUCUGCGUUCUCUAAUCUGUGUAUCUCCCUGUAUCCAACUUUGAUAUUCUGGAACCUGCAGAUGAAGACAACGAAAAAGGUCGUUCUUUGUCUUUUGUUUGGAACGGGGGUGAUAGCCGCUGUUUGUGCUGUGUUCAAGACGACUAAAGUUAGCACGCUGGGGAAAACGACCGAUAUUACAUAUGAUAUGACGGGUCUGAUGACCUGGACCGCUGUGGAACAGUACACCGUCCUCCUAGCCGGCUCUAUCCCACCCCUCCGUCCGGCCAUCAAAGAGCUCUUCAACAAAGCCUCAAGCACGACCUACUACCGCAGCCGCAACACCAACACGCUCCGCCUCGACGAUGAAGCCACACUCACCUCAUCCACAGUCUCACCAGGCAAGACCUCAGCAUACACAGUAGGCACCAAGGGACGGUCUGAGGCUUUUAAUGGAAAGAGAGAUAGUACGGAGAAAAUACUCAGCGAGAUGGGCGAGGGCGGAAUCAUGAUGACGACGAGAAUUGAAGUAGAGAACAGGAUUUAUGCACAGAGGAUGAAUGCGAGUAGGGAUCAGAUGGUUGCGAGGAACGGGAGGGAAGGGGUUUGA